ACUUAGCCCAUCCAAACCGAGGUGAACCAAACCUUCUGGGCUUCUACCCCUACACAUCUUCUUCCUUAAACAAAGCCAUUUUUUCCAUGACUCCAACGCCCCGCCUCACUCCCUGAGCUGGCACAUCUCCACUUCUGUCUCCUCACUCCUCCACCCCCACCACCGGCCCCGCCGAAUUCCAAGGUCUAUUCUUCUGCCCCUCCGCCGUUCCCGAGAUCGCAUUUUCCGAGUUCCUGAUCACGGAAAACCCCGGGAAUUCCUCCCUCAGAUCCGCGCUUUCCUCGGAGGCGUCGCUGAAUUGCGGGUUCUUUGCGCAGGUUUCCCGCGUGCGGCGGCGAGCGGGGCGGGACGGGGACGGGGGUUGGUUGGAUUGGAUCGGGGUAGGGACAGACUGAGCUGCCGCCCGUUGACUAGCCCGGCCGCCAGAGAUGGGCAAGGGCGGCGGCUGCGUCCCCAGCAAGAAGCGCCAGCCACCGGCCGCCGCGCCCUCGUCGUCGUCCGCCGAGGCCGCGGUGCCGCGCGAGGCGCCCGAGGAGGAGUUGGCCAAAGCGGCUUCGCCGACGCCCGCGGCGGCGGGGCGGAAGCUACGGCUGUACAUCGUGUUCUACUCGAUGUACGGGCACGUCGAGUCCCUGGCGCAGCGCGCGGCGGCCGGCGCCGGCGCGGUGGACGGCCUGGAGGCCGUGCUGCGGCGGGUCCCCGAGACGCUCCCGCCGGAGGUGCUGGAGAAGAUGCAGGCGCCGCCCAAGGACCCUGCUGUCCCCGUCAUCGCCUCGGCCGCCGAGCUGCAGGAGGCUGACGGAGUGUUGUUCGGCUUCCCGACGAGGUACGGCUCCAUGGCCGCGCAAAUGAAGGCAUUCUUUGACUCCACUGGGUCGCUCUGGGAGGCGCAGAAGCUCGCUGGGAAGCCCGCCGGGUUCUUCGUCAGCACCGGAACGCAGGGCGGGGGCCAGGAGACCACAGCUUGGACGGCCAUCACCCAGCUAGCGCACCAUGGAAUGCUUUUCGUCCCGAUUGGCUACACCUUUGGUUCAGGCAUGUUCAACAUGGAUGAUAUCAGAGGAGGCAGCCCCUAUGGUGCUGGCGUCUUUGCUGGCGAUGGCAGCAGACAACCCAGUGAGACAGAACUCGCCCUUGCAGAGCACCAGGGCAAGUACAUGGCCUCAAUAGUGAAGAAGCUAGCUCACCAUGCUUGAGCCAGCCACCCCUGUGCAGUAAAGGUCACACCGUCACCUUCCUCUAGCCCUUGGCUUCUCCUAUCGUUUCCGGAUAUAUCCGGCCCGUCGUAUAUGUGCACAGCUUGCCCUAUUGUUUGUCAAAGUAGCCACCCCUAAAUUAAGGUUCCUUUGUACAUUGUUGACAUAAACAUAUUGUUGUCCAUUUGAAUAAUAAGUGUCCCACAAAGUGUUCAUCAAUAAACAUCAUAUGUCAUAUUGGUUUUGGAAAGUUUGGUGUCUGUUUUGUUGCGCAGAACCGUUUUUAUACUAUAAAAGAAAGGCAUUUUUGUUC